UUGUUCUUUCAGGUAUGAGUCAAGUAUGUUUUUCCAAAAUAGGGUCACACUUACAGGAAAUGCAGCAUAGACAUUUCCCUAAGUCUCAGAGAGGGGAUUUGUUGAAAUAAAGUGCCACGAGAAGGUUAAAAAUUCACUGCGGUACAGGACAAACAAAAUAACUUACGAAAGAUGAGAGAAUAAUCAAUCCUGCAGGAACCAAAAGCCAUGACCCCAGAAGUGAAGAGCAGGAGGACACUAUAAAUCAAAUUACAAAUCCAAAGAAGAGCUUUGUGUGAUUCCAGUGCUCAUUAGCACAGUCCACAUGUCCAUAGCCCUGUCCACAUGCUGUGACCACCCCUUACUCAAAUAAACCCCUUCCCCACACAGCAUGAGUAGUGAAAGAAGUGUGCAGGGUAUCAUUAAACGAGGCAGAGACUGCAAAACCAAUGGCUACACUGUUUGUGGUUAGCUGCAGGGAAAGGCUGAUUUCUGUCACUUCAAAAGUGUAAAAAUGGGCACCUGGCAUGCUGAGGGUAUGUCAGCUUUCUUGAUUCACCACCCAGCACCCAUCUCUGCGUAGGUGUGAAAUCAAAUCAUUAUCUCUGCUCAGAGUGUGAAUCUGCUUCUUGCAGGUAGGGUGAAAGAUCCCAGAUCAGGGACAACAGCAAGAGGGAGAUCCUGCAGGUCUGAGGAGCACUCGGGGACUGCUGCACCCAAUGUCACAGCAUGGUGACACUGUCAGUCACACAGCAGGACCGCUGAAACACCGGCAAAGGUGCUGGGGAGGGUCAGGGGCAAUGAGAGCUCCCCAGCACAGCAUUUCCCUCCUGGCAUUGCCCCGUUUGACUCAGCUGAGGCAGCUGGAACUGGGUCUGUCCAUGCAGAUCCUUGUGAUAGCUCCACCAGGCUCUUAUCAGGGAGCUGCAUCAGCAGGAAGCAGCACGGCCUACAGCCCAGAGAGAGCAGAUCCCUGCUCCCCAGCCCUCCCACUCCCAGGGAAGUCCUGAGUCCUCCUCACUCCUUCACAUCUCCUCGGGGUCUGCAGGGACCCCAGGAACAGCACAAAGCUGAGUCAAGCACAGGGAAGGGGUGACCACAGUCCCAGCUGGACCAUGACAGUGUCUGGGCCUCUCCAGUGUCUGCUGGCAAAGCCCAGCCAGCUCUGCUGAGCCCCCCUGGCAUGGCGAUCCUCCCCUCUGAUGUGAGUUUCCAUCACGUUGUAGUAAAAGUUAUUAUCAGGUAUCUACUACUGCAUUAGAUUCCAGACCAGUGGGUGCUGAAAAUAUCACUGUCACUCCUUACAGACCUUGUAGAGAGCUUGUAAUGGGAAUGUUUAGGCUGGGGAGAGCAAAGAGAAAACAGAAAUGGGUGUGUGACAGCACAGAGAAGCAGAGGGACAAGGGUUCAAAGCAGUGAUGUGUCCUUCAUACUAUUCCAUUCAAUUGGGGAGGAGGAGGAACUAACUGGCUGAAGAUAAGGCCAAUGCCCAACUGAGCCAUGAGUACACCUGCAAGACAAACAGGAGAACAAGUAGUCAAGAGUUUCGCCUGAGGCUGAUGAGCCCUCCGAGAAAAUAAUGGGGGGAAGAUUUUCCAGCAGUAUCCACUUCCAGAGGACAUGAAAGGCAAGUCCAGGCUGGGUUUGCUGCACGGGAGAAGCACAGAGCCAGCCCUGAGGGAUCCCACGGGGGCACAGCCUGGGCGAGCUGGGGCAGGGCUCCGGGAGUGCCGGCAGGUGAGCUGCCCUUCCUCACAGCCUAUGAAGCAUGGCCCCCUCCCCUGCUGCAGUGCCUCAUGCUGAGGGCUUUGCAGUGUCCCCUGCCCUCCCCUGGUGCGUGCAGGGUUCCUCCUGCCCCUCCCAGUCCCGAUCCUCCCCAGUGGCAGUGGCAGCGGGGCAGCAGCGGCUGUGGGACCUGGAAGAUUGCUGUGAUCCCAUCAUGGCUCUGCCAGGCUGCGGGGCAAGGAGGCCCUCUUUCCUCCAGCUCUCUGUGUUUUAUCCUAAUACUGCUUUUCCCAGGAAAAGGUCUGAUUAUUCACCAGGAUUUCUGAGUGGCAUGGUUUGAGACAGCUUUCUGAGCAGAUCUCCUUGCAGCUCUCGCUGGGACUGUUGUUCCCAGGUGUCCAAUCACCCUUCUACCGUGUUUGGGUUUUCAGGAGCCUACACCCCAAUGCUGGCCAGGAAGAAGCCUUUCAUCAGUGCCAUCGUUGGGGCACUGGUGGCACUCUCCAUCAUCUCCCUGGUUCUCAGCCUGGUGAGGGUUGAAGAUGUGAUGCUGCCCCCCACGAUCAAGUAUGGGAUGGUGUUUGAUGCGGGCUCAUCCCACACCUCUCUGUUUGUCUACGAAUGGGAUUCAGACAAGGAGAACGACACUGGAGUGGUCAGCCAGAUCUUGUCCUGUGAUGUCCAGGGGCAAGGCAUAUCAAGCUAUGCCAACAAUCCCCCUGAAGCUGGCAAUUCCCUAAGGGAGUGCCUGGAUAAAGCCCUGCAGGUUGUUCCUACUGAGAAGCAGAGGGAUGUCCCAGCUUAUCUUGGAGCAACUGCUGGCAUGAGGCUGCUGAGGGAACAGAACAGCUCAGCAUCAGAGCAAGUCCUGGCCGAAGUUGCUAAAACCAUUCAGGAAUACCCUGUGGCUUUCAAAGGGGCUCAAAUCCUUACAGGAGAGGAGGAGGGGGCCUAUGGCUGGAUCACCAUCAAUUACCUGCUGGACUCCUUCACCAAGUACUCCCCCAAAGCACACACGUGGCUUCAUCCAGAGACAGCCAACAUUUUUGGGGCACUAGAUCUUGGAGGAGCAUCCACUCAAAUCACCUUUAUGCCCGAAGAUUCAGCACUGAGCCAGAAUGAAGCCUCUGAGUUCACCCUGUACGGGUACAGCUACAACAUCUACACUCACAGCUACCUCUGCUACGGGCAGGACGAGAUGCUGAAGCGGCUGGCGAAGGAAUUAAUUGUGGAGUCAUCCCCCAGCACACGAGUCCACCACCCCUGCUACCCAAAGGGCUACAACGAGACCGUGUCGCUGUCCUCCCUCCGCGCCAGCCCCUGCACCGACGGCAGCGACCCGCGCCUGCCCCCGGGCGACAGCAGCGUCACCCUGGAGGGCAGGGGCAGCGCCGGCGGCUGCCUGGCUGCCCUCAGGAAGCUCUUCAACUUCUCGGCCUGUGACCAGAGCCAGGACUGCACCUUCGACGGCGUCUACCAGCCCCCGCUGCGGGGACAGUUCAUUGCCUUCUCUGCCUUUUAUUAUAACUUCAAGUUCCUGAACCUGACGGAGGGGCAGCCACUGGCCGUGGUCAGGGAGGCCAUCGAGGGGCUCUGCACAAGGAGCUGGGAGGAUCUGUCUUCCAGCUACCCCAAAGAGAGUCCCAAGCGACUGCCUAAAUACUGUGCCAACGCCAACUACAUCCUCACACUUCUCCUCGAUGCCUACAAGUUCAACAAGACCAGCUGGAACAACAUCUUCUUCCAGAUGAAGGCGGGGAGCGCCGACGUGGGCUGGACGCUGGGGUACAUGCUGAACCUCACCAACAUGAUCCCGCCUGAGGCUCCAGCCAGCCUGAAGGGGCACAGGCCUUCUCUAUGGGCUGCAGCCAUCACCUUCAUCAUCCUCACCCUCGUCCUGGGGCUCGCUGCCCUGCUCCUGCUGCUGUGGGUGUAGGAGCCUGGCCACGUUUGGGAGCCCAGCAGGGACGGACCAAGGCUGCAGGGCUGUGCUGGAGUCCCCAUGCUCCUGCCUGUUGGACUGGAGCCCAGGGCUGGGUCUGUGCUGCUGAGCACAUUCACCUCUACAGCUCUGCUCUUCCAUAGGCCUGGCCCCCAAUGCGCACACAGGCACACUCUGAGGUUUGCACAGGAAACCCAAUGGGAUCAGCCUGCAGAAGCCUCCGGCAGGCCUGUGUGCCUGCUGUCACUGCUCUGAGUGUUACAGGCAUGGCUCCAUCCCACUGGCUGGCCAUGGGGCUGUGGAGGGCCAGCCUGGCCGUGGGACAGUGCCCCAGUGCCAGCCUGCUGGGGCACGGUGCGGUCACCUGGGGACAGGUAGUGCCAGCUCUGAGAACAGUCACCAGCAGCCAGGCGGGGCCCUGCCGGGUCUGCCAGCCUGAGGGCUGCUCUGUGGGACCCCGGCUGGCCCUGUGCAGGGGCUGGGGCUUACGUGGAGAUGGUCUUGGAGAGAGAGAAAACUGAGCAUUCAAAGUCAGAAGUUUGGUCCAUGCCCCUCCAGAGAAUCCAUCUUAUCAGCGUGUUAUGUCAUGUCAUGUCAUGUCAUGAUCACAUCUCACUACUCAUCAUCUUCCUUUUCACCUGGAAUAAUGGGAUUGAUCCUCAGUGCCUUCCUGGAGACAGCACUGUCCCACCAACAGAAGGCCUGGACCCUGUGGGUGUCAGGAUGAGGCUCCAGCAGGCUGGGAGUCCUGCCCUGCAGGUGGCUGAGCUGGGCCCUGCCCAUGGCCUUUGAUUCUGCUCAUUUUUAGCUUCUCUGUGGAUGAUUCAUGUUGUUGUUUGCAUUCCCACAGUGAGGAGCAGACCUUUGGUGUCUCACUGGAAUGCUGGACACCUCACUGCUCUCGUCAUCCAGAUAAACACUGUAAAAGGCAGCAUGUGGGGAAAUGCCUGCUACUUUGCUCCCAAAUCAUUGUGAUUUUACUAUUUCCGUCUCCCAAGUAAGGGCUAGUGAUGACAGAGACUCCGGGGAAAGGCAAUGACUCUAUGGGAGGUGUCCCUGGAGACACUGAAGUGUCUGCUGGACCUUGGAGUGGAGCCAACAGGGCACAAGGACAGGCUUUUUCCUUCUCAGAGGAGGUGUCUCAACUCACCCAUCACUUGGCUGCUAGUGGGACUCCCCAUAAAAUGUAAUGGGGGGCCUGGGAGCUACCUCUGCCCUGUCCCAGCUGUGUUCCCAAGUCACCCUGUGUUGGGAAGAUGAGCUGUCUGCCAGCCGCGGGGUAUAGGGUACAGCUGGACUGGAGAAGAACCUCAUGCAUGAGAGGAGGAGCCAUCCCCCCCUCACAGGGCUUCCCAGUCCCAGGCAGAGCCCUGUCUGCCAGACCAGUGCCCCUCACAUACCCAGUGCCACGGCCCCCGGGCUGGUGCUGGCUGUUGGAGAUGCAGACCCUGGGAUGGGGCAGGAUGUGUGUGUCCCACCCGGGGUUUCUGCUGUGGACUGCAACCAGCCCUGUGACAGUCCCACU